GAUCGAGCGUCCUUCGUAUUCACUUCGCGUCGGCUCCUGCACCUAGCGACAGACACCAUCUUGGAAAUUGUGGUUAGGGUUUCGUUGGAUUCAACAAUAUUUUUACAAGUAUUGGUGUCUGCCAGUCAACUUUCUUUCUUGUAAACUUGAAAAAAUAGAAGAGAAAAGCGGUCGUGCAAGUCCUGCAUCCCUUUAGUGGCAGAGUUUGUCAACUGCAGAGAAAAUGCCCCGUCCCUUCGAGCGGCUCUCAGCCUCUGUGGUUCCCAAGCAUUAUGACUUGUUUCUCAAGACAGAUUUGGAAAAGUGCGUGUUCAACGGACACGUCACCGUCAGCCUGGAGGUGAAGGAGCCUACUAAGCGCAUUGUUUUAAACAGCCAAGAUUUGAAAAUUGACGAGGACAUACAACUUGAACUCAGUGAUGGCAGUAUUAUCCGUGCGUCUGAGCUUGACACCUCAGAUAACGACUGUGAAACUAUUGCCCUUGUGUUUCUAUCAGAUGUACCUGCAGGAAAGUGCAAAGUUACUCUUAAAUUUAAUGGUGAACUUACCGACAAUCUGAAAGGUCUUUACCGUAGCAAAUACACAAGCCAUGAUACCAAUGAGGAGCGCUACUGUGCUGUCACUCAAUUUGAGGCGUGCGAUGCACAUCGGUGUUUCCCAUGCUGGGAUGAUCCAGCCAUUAAAGCAACUUUUGACAUCACUCUUUCUGUCCCUAAAAAUAGAGUCGCUUUGUCCAAUAUGCCUGUGAAAAGUGAAGAAGUGCUUCCUGAUGGAAAUGUGUUGGUUAAAUUUGAAACAACUCCUAUCAUGUCAACAUAUCUCGUUGCUGUGGUGGUUGGGGAAUUUGAUUACAUUGAAGAUAAAACACCUGAUGGCAUUUGUGUUCGUGUGUACACUCCUGUUGGGAAACAAGAGCAAGGAAGGUUUGCUCUUGAUGUUGCUGUGAAAGUCCUCCCUUACUACAAAGAAUACUUUAAAAUGCCAUAUCCACUUCCAAAAAUGGAUCUGAUUGCUAUUGGAAGUUUUGCCGCAGGUGCCAUGGAAAACUGGGGUCUUGUUACAUACAGAGAAACAUGCCUUUUGGUUGAUCUCCUAAAAACUACCACUCAGAGGAAGCAGUGGAUUGCUAUAAUUGUGGCUCAUGAGUUAGCUCAUCAAUGGUUUGGCAAUCUGGUCACAAUGGAAUGGUGGACUCAUCUCUGGCUCAACGAGGGCUAUGCUACAUUUGCUGAGUUCUUGUGUGUAGCUAAUCUGUUCCCUGAGUAUGACAUCUGGACUCAGUUUGUCACUGAAACUUGGAGUCCAGCUCUGAAAUUAGAUGCUUUGAAAAACAGCCAUCCAAUUGAAGUGCCAGUUGGUCAUCCCCUAGAAGUUGAUGAAAUUUUUGAUGAUAUUUCGUACAGUAAAGGUGCCUCUGUUAUUAGAAUGCUGCAUAGAUACAUUGGAGACGCUGAUUUUGCUAAAGGCAUGAAUUUGUAUUUCAAGAAAUAUCAGUAUGGUAAUGCAGCAACUGAUGACCUGUGGAACACACUGGAAGAAGCUUCAAACAAGCCUAUAUCGUCUGUCAUGUCUAAAUGGACUAGACAGAUGGGAUACCCUGUAAUAUCAGUUCGAAGUGAGCAAGUUGGAAAUACUCGCAAAUUUUAUCUGAAGCAGUCUCAGUUUUGGGCAGAUGGCAGUGCCAGUUCUGGAGACUCACAGUUGUGGAUGGUUCCUAUUGAGUUCUGUUCAGCAAAAGCCCCCAAUGAGGUUGUCCAUGAAGUGCUUUUAGACAAGAGCGAAGCAGAAGUUGUCAUCAGUGGUAUUGGGGAAAAUGACUGGGUGAAGCUGAAUCCUGGCAGUGUAGGCUUCUACAGAGUACAGUAUUCCAAUGAAAUGCUGCAAUUGUUCAAGCCUGCUGUUUCUAACUUGUCACUUCCACCAUUGGAUCGUUUAGGUCUCCUUGGUGAUCUCUUUGCUCUGGUUCAAUCUGGCCAAACAAGCACAGAUCAGGCCCUUAUACUUCUUGAGGCUAUGCAGAAUGAGCACAACUGCACUGUCUGGUCUUCAAUGACUUCAGUGCUAACGAAGAUCAGGAUGUUGUUGCAGUAUGCUGAGGAUAUUCAGCCAAAGUUCAUGGCCUUUGGCCGACGUAUGCUAGCUUUCAUUGGGUCAACAAUUUCUUGGGAUCCUCGCCCAGAUGAGGGUCACAAAGAUAAAUUGCUUCGCAAUGUCAUUCUUGAUCUACUGUAUGCAUUUGAGGAUGAAAAUACUAGUGUUGAAGCACAGAAGCGCUUUGAAGCUCAUAAGAAUGGCACCACUCCUUUGUGGUCUGAUAUUCGUGGAACCGUUUAUAAAACUGUCCUUAGAAGUGCUGAUGCUGCCACUUAUGAAACAUUUUUGGAGCUCUAUCGCCAAGAAACCCUUCAAGAAGAAAAGGAAAGAAUUUUGUAUGCUUUGGCAGCUAUUAAGGAUGACGACCUACAGGCCGCGGUUCUCAAAUUUGCCCUGACUGAUGAAGUAAGAACGCAAACUACUUUAACACUUCUAGGUGCUAUUGCUCAGUCUCGUAAAGGAAGAGAUCUUGUCUGGAACUAUGUGAAAAACAACUGGGAUGAGAUUCAUAAGAAAUAUGGCACUCCUGUCAUACUGUCUGGGUUCAUCUCAUCAUCCUUCUCACAUUAUGCUUCAGAAGAAAAAGCUGUGGAAGUAGAGAAAUUCUUUGCAGAAAACAAGACUAGCGGGGCUGAGCGAGCUGUACAACAAACUGUGGAGAGAAUACGAAUUAAUGCAGCAUGGCUGAAACGUGAUCUUCCUUGCAUCAGGGAGUUUUUACAGAAAUUUUAAUUGAAUCUUUUGUCAUAUUCCUCAUAUGUGUGUAAUUAUUGGAAAACUCUUUUUUUAAUUACUUAAUGUAACCAAACAAAGAACCUUUUUGGAAUUUUUCUUGAAUUUAGUAUUGGCUUGGGCCAAUGUGUAUAUGUAUAUGUGUAGAAUUUGAUGAAUUACUUAUUGAGGUAUGUUAUCAUGGGGUCAGCAAAUAAGUUUUGUUGUAAAGCAAUUUUAAAUCAUGAUUAUUUAUUGUACCACAGGGUUAAAAUCUAAUCAAACUACAAUACAUUCAUCUUCAUUA